AUGGAUAAAGUGUCCAUACAUUCAAAGUCAAACACAUCAUUAUCCAUUGAUCCGGCCCUUUACCCAAAAGAUUUGGACCCUUUUGGAGAUGAAGAUGAGUGUGAAAUAAGUGAAACCCCCAAAUCAGUAAGGUCUUCGGUCAUUGAUGAGCAAGCUUAUCCUUCUACUUGCGAUCCUUUUGCUGACGAUGAAGAGGUAACAGAGCAAAGGGAAGUCAAAUCUACACCGAGAAAAGUCAGAGCUUCAUUGAUUCACAAUGAGAAAAACGAUAACUUUUCAGAUGAUAAAUCCAAUGGAGCUAACCUAAAUACUUCAAUUAAUGCUCCCGUGUCAGAUUAUGAUGAAUCGUUGGAUCCAUUUGGUGGUGAUGAGGAUAAUAAUAGUAAAAUAGAUUAUAGGAAAUCUACUGGUUCCGUAAAGGAAACGCAAAAACCGGCAAUUUUAGCUGAUACUAAUUCUGACUCCAAUAUGAAUGAUAAUUUGAGUAUCCAAAGUGAAAUAGAAUCAGCUUCAUCAAGUGAAUUGGCCAGAAGAAGUGGAGAGGAAAGAGAUAGCUAUAGUAAUCAAAAUUCUCCGGUACCAGUUCCACCGAGACGUAAACACCGUAAUGUUUCACCCUCAACCAAAUCAUUAAAUCGAGCAUCAUAUUCAGCUUCAUCACUUGAACGUACGCCAUCGAACGGAAUCUCAAGUCCUAUUAGUCAAAAUCCUAACCGACUGUCAGCCGCCGAAACUGACACCUAUUUAAGCCAUUCCAUCAGUAAUCUAUCUACUCGUUCAACUUCACCAAUAAUCACAGUUCGGUCAUCGCCCAUCAGAUCAAGGAAGAAGAGAAGAGCACCUGAGCCGCCCGGUUUCCCUCCAAGUGGCUCUGCCGCCUCUCCUAUUACUCCCAACUCCAGUCUUGUCCUAGACAACUCUUUAAAUUCUACUAUUGAAUCUAGACAUGAAGCCGCCAACGAAUCCAUAACUGAGCCAUCUACUGAGUCAAAAAUUCAAACCAUUUCGGAACCUAUUUCUAAACCCGACAAUGAACCCACUUCUGAAGAAAUUAAAGAACAGGCUCCCGAUCUCUCUAUUGAAUCUGUUUCUAUAGAGACUAGUGGACAAGCAGAUCCAAACAAUGAUAUACCCACCUCUGAAGAAAUUAAAGAGGCGACUUCUGAACCCAGUGAUGAGCCUGCUUCUAUAGAGACUAUUGGAAAAACAUCUGUACAAAAUGAUGAACCAACCUCCGAAGAAACUAGAGAAAAGACUUCUAAACUCAGCGAUGAAUCUUGCUCUGCAGAAACUAGUGUACAAUCUACUAAGUCAGAUAAUGAUUCCUGUUCAUUAAAGACUAGUGUCAAAUCUGAAACUGAUAAUGAACAACCAUCAGAAGAGAAGGAUGGACAAACCCUCGAAAAUAGUGAUUUGGUUUCUUCUGAAUCUAUUGUAGAGCAAACUCCCGAGUCCAUCUCUAAACCGAACUGUGUACCUGCCUCUGAGUCAACAAAUGAAGAAAUUCAUGGUUCCGAAUCUGUUGUAGAAUCUUCUAAGGAUUCAAAAGACGAAACUUCAAAGGAUGAUGUUAUUAAACCAAAUCUUGACUCAACUAAACCAAAUUCUGAACCCAAAAAUAGCCAAGAAGAUACUCCAAACAGUCUGUGA